AGAGCACAGGAGCAAUUUCAGAUGGUUUUAGAGGAGAAAAGCAGAUUUGCAUUCGAUGUUGAUCUUGAUGCUCCAAAAGUUAGAAUUCCUCUCAGAUCUCGUGGUUCAGCCAGAUGUGAUAGUCAUUUUCUUUUGGACUUUGGUCAUUUUACACUACACACUGCGGAAAGCCAGUCUGAUGAGCAGAGGCAUAAUCUUUAUUCUCGAUUUUACAUAUCAGGACGUGAUUUUGCUGCCUUUUUUACGGACUGUGGCUCUGAUUUUGGGAGUUGCAGUUUGGUUAAACUAACUCAUGAUAGUCAAAUAAUAAGCUCACCACGGGCCAAAGAAGCUGAUAAUGUGUAUUCUGUCAUUGAUAGGUGUGGAAUGGCAGUACUUGUUAAUCAGUUUUCUGAAGAUUAAAGUGCCUCAUCCAAGUUACCCAUCGACAUGUAUAUCCAUUAAAGUGCCAAAUCUUUGAUGGUAGAAUUCUAGUUUCGAAGGGAAUUGGGAAUUCAAUUGCUACGUGGCAAACAUGUUUUCUGGUGCUUUCGGGGUCAUAUCUUUAUGUAUUUGAAACUGCAGAGUCUCAGAGUUACCAGCGAUACCUAAGGAUAAUAUUGAGGAUGAUAAUGAAGAUUAAUCUGUUUAUGAUUGUGGUUUAUUGACUAA